AUGAGUGACACCAUGAGAGCUAUCGGCAUCAAAGGCGGCAAAGGCCCCGCCACAAGCCUGUUCAUUGAUCAGAUUGCCAAGCCAAUUCCCAAAGAGGGAGAAGCCAUCGUCAAGAUCCGUGCAUUCGGAUUAAACCGCAUGGAUCUCUUGCAGCGAGAGGGUCUAUAUCCACUCCCGCCACAGGCCCCUGAAACAAUGGGCGUUGAGUUCUCCGGUGUCAUUGAGCAAUUCGGACCCGAUGGACAUGAGGAUUUCAAAAUCGGUGACGAAGUCCUUGGUCUUGCUUAUGGUGGUGCUUAUGCAGAGUACAUUGCUGUCUCUGCUAAAAUGCUGGUCCACAAGCCCAAGGAGUUAUCCUGGGAAGAAGCAGCCGGUGUCCCGGAGACUUGGAUCACAGCCUCCCAGGCUCUAUUCUUGAUCGGUGACUUCCAAUCCGGCCAAUCUGUCCUGUGGCACGCGGGCGCUUCAUCGGUUUCCAUUUCCGGAAUCCAACUCGCCAAGGCAGCUGGCGCAAGUGCCAUCUACGCCACAGCCGGAUCUCAAGAGAAGAUCGACUUCCUUGAGAAAGAGCUCGGCGUCACCAAAGCAUUCAAUUACAAGACUCAAGACUGGGCGUCUGAGAUUCAGAAAGUCACUGGUGGAGCUGGAGUGAAUCUCACAGUUGACUUUAUCGGCGCCACUUAUUUCCAGGGUAAUUUGGAUGUGGCGGCUAGGGAUGGCCGUGUUGUGCUCCUUGGUUUGAUGGGUGGUGGUAAGUUGCCUGAUGGAGUGAAUAUUGCGCCUUUGUUGUUUAAGCGCGUGCGCGUUGAGGGGAGUACGCUUCGAUCUCGGGAUGUGGAAUAUCAGCGUAAGUUGCGAGAUAUUCUGGUUGAUCAUGCGCUGCCUAAGUUUGUGGAUGGCACUUUUAAGGUGUUUGUUGAGAAGGUUUUGCCGUUUGAGGGGAUUGAGGAGGCUCAUAAGUUGCUUGAGAGUAACACUACGAAGGGCAAGAUUAUUUGUGUUUUUGAGUGA